CCCCGGCGGAUGUCUCCGGCGCGUCCGUGCAGGGGGCUGAGGGCCGCCGUGGCUGCCAGCUUGGGGUUGAGUGAGGGGCCGGCGGGCUCCUCCCGGAGCGGCCGCCUCUUUCGCCCGCCGAGCACCUCUCCGGUUACGCCGGGGGCCCGGCUGCUGCGGCUCCCAGGGAGUGGGGCCGUGCGGUCUGAGAGCCCCGAGCGCGCCGGCUGGACGGAGGCGCUGCGGGCCGCCGUGGCCGAGCUACGCGCCGGCGCCGUGGUGGCCGUCCCCACCGACACGCUGUAUGGCCUGGCCUGCUCGGCGAGCUGUUCGGCGGCACUGGAAGAUGUGUACCGUCUCAAGGGCCGCAGCGAGACCAAGCCGCUGGCCGUAUGCCUGGGCCGCGUGGCCGACGUCUACAGGUUCUGCCAUGUGAGAGUCCCCGAGGGGCUCCUGCAAGAUCUUUUGCCUGGACCAGUGACCCUGGUGAUGGAGCGCUCGGAGGAACUCCACAAGGACCUGAACCCGUUCACGCCUCUUGUAGGCAUCCGGAUCCCCGACCAUGCCUUCAUGCAAGACUUGGCCCAGGUGUUUGGAGGACCUCUUGCACUCACCAGUGCCAACCUCAGCUCCCAGGCCAGUUCUCUGAAUGUCGAGGAAUUCCAAGACCUUUGGCCUCAUUUAUCCCUGGUCAUUGAUGGGGGGCCACUUGGAGAUGGCCAAAGCCCUGCGUAUCGCCUUGGUUCAACUGUAGUCGACUUGUCUGUACCUGGAAAGUUUGGCAUCAUUCGUCCAGGCUGUGCCCUGGACAAUACUGUGGACAUCCUUCAACAGAAAUACGGACUGCUUCCCUCAGAUGGACCCUGCUCCUGA